AUGGCAGCCAGUGGACAGGCUCCCUUAAAGUCGGAGGGGGUUCCACGGUGUAAGUCUGAAGGAAACUUGUUGGAUGACCAAAACUUCUCCACUCAUUAUGACAUGGAAGAUUGCCAAGACAGCAAUUUGCUUCCUGAUUGGCCUGAUGUUAGUCCCCAGAAUGUUGGCCCUAUUUCCAGGACAACCAAUCCAUUCUGGAAUGAACUGUCUGCUUCUAAUCCAUUCUUGGAUGACAUAGCUCAGUUAAGAAAUACUGGGAAGAGUACAAAUGUGCCCAUCUUAAAGGAAGAUCCCUUUCUAUUAUUUCGAGAAGUAGAAGAAGAUAAUUCUUCAGGUGAUGAAUUAAAUGUCCACCAACUGCUCAGGAAGUCUUCAUCAAAGACAUCUGGAAAAUCCAAGAGUGUUUCAGAACUUUUGGAUAUCAUGGACAGGGCCCCGAGUAUAGAGAUAUCUGACCAGAUUUUACCUCAUGACAUGGAAUGGCUUCAAAACGACCGAGAAGCUUAUAAAAUGGCCUGGUUAAGUCAACGUCAGUUGGCUCGAUCAUGCCUGGAUCUGAACACGAGUCAUAGUCUCGGUUGGGCUCAAACCCAAGUGGCGGACACUGUCAUUGUUUGUAAAUUGGGCCAUGAAGGAGGCUCAGUGCAACUUCCAGGGUCACACAUCACUGUGCAUGUGCCUAAGGGCCACGUAAGAACUGGAGAGUUCCAAGAAGUUACCUUGAGGGCUUUUCUGGAUCCUCCAGAAACCCUAAAUCAUGAUCUGUCGUGCACCGUGAGCCCACUGUUGGAAAUUAUGUUAAGCAAUCUCGACACAAUGGAAGCCAUUUGGUUAGAAAUGGAAAUCUCAGCUGAAAAGAGACAGGACCCUUUUAGCCAAGUCAUGGGGACGCUGACUUGUUUGCAUAGCUCUAAUAAAGGGGGACCCUUCGAAGAACUUAGUAACUGUUACAUAUACAAUGACACGAUCCAAGUGAAAUUAUUAGAAUUAAGUAAUGUGAUGUACAUAGUGGUUGCAGCUCAAUGCAAAGCCAUUCAGGCACCAGCCACAAGUGUGUGGGAUUUUAUCCACAAAACUCUUCAUGUUGGGGUUUAUGGACCCAGAUAUAUCCAUCCCAGUUUCACUGUUAUCUUUACUCUAUGGGGUCACAGCUAUAUGCCAAACAAGCUCACCAUCACUGAUAUCAAUAGGAAUGGGAAAAAUGUGUCUCCAGUUGUAUUUCAGCUCUGGGGAAAACAUUUCUUUUUGCUUGAGAAGCCCCGUGAUCUACAGAUUUCAGUCUUAUCCAAAGAUCUAGAUUUUGAAGUGAAACGCGAUGACCAAAGGAAAGAAAUUAAACAGGAGCAGCUGAAAGCUGGAAAAGUUAUCCACCAACAAUUUCUGUUUUCUGCAAUGGACAGCAAGAUGUUACACUCAUUUAUAUUCCUGGUCCAGAUCCACAUUCCCAAUGAGAACUCAGUGGCACAGUUUUAUGUAAGGUCACCUGACCCAGCUCCCAACUUAGGUAGGCUUCCCAAUCAGCCAAAUGCUUUGCAGAAAAUGGAAGGGAUCAAGUCCUACCCUCUGUCCCUCACAGUAAUUGCCAGAUAUCCCAAGUUUCAAAAUAAAACACUGAACUUUGUCCAUUAUGGUGUCACUCUGAAAGCAGUGUUAAGGCAAGACAAAAUUACUUACCUCCUGGAAUACUUCAAAGGAGACACCAUUGCCCUUCUUGGAGGAGGCAAGGUGAAAGCCAGUGGUCAGACCAAAGUCAAGGAAUGGUAUGUAGGGGUCCUUCGGGGGAAGCUUGGCCUUGUGCAUUGCAAAAACAUCAAAAUAAUUUCAAGGGAACAAGUAAUUGACAUGUCAGAGAGUGAGUUGACAACCCAGAAACUUCUGGAACAGGCUGCCCUGCCCUUUAAGAAGCUGACCUAUAUCUACUCAACUGUGCUGACCCUCGUAUCUGAAAAAGUUUUGGACUGGAAAGCUUUAGCCGAUGCACUGGGCUAUUCACAGCUGACGGCAGAAGAUUUUGACCAGAUGCAAGUUGACAAAGAGACAGAAAGAGUGUCUUAUGUUGUCAAGAAGUUGAAGGAAGAUUGUCAUGUGGACAGAAACCGGAGAAGCUUUCUUUAUGAACUCGUGGUCGCGCUGCUGAAGAUAGACUGCCAAGGCUUAGUUGUGCAUCUAAUACGAGAGACCGCGAUUCUGACUUCAGCUGUCAAACUGGGGAAAGGCUGGAGGGAGCUGGCGGAAAAGUUAGUGAGACUCACAAAACAACAAAUCGAGGCAUAUGAGACCCCUCACCAAGGAAGAACUGGAGAAGUUGUCACAGAGAUGAUGUGGAAGCCUGCAUAUGAUUUUCUCUAUACUUGGGGAGCACAUUAUGGAGAGAGUUACCGGGACAUGCUGCAAGAUUUACAGUUGGCUUUGGACAGAAUGAAAAAUCCUGUGACAAAACACUGGCGAGAAUUGACUGGGGCCUUAAUCUUGGUGAACUGCCUAGAAGUUUUGAGAGCAACAUCCUUCCAUAUUUCAGAGGAAGAAUAGUUUUGUAUUUGAGGCAAAGGAGAAUGGACUAGAUGAUGUACAAAUAUUUGAUUUAUUUUUUUAUGCUUGGGGAAAAAACUUGUUCUUUUGAUGAGAACAUUACAAAUAAAAACAUUUUAAUUACUUGCUGUGAUAUGCAUGAAUGGAUGUCAUUGAUAGAAUUUUUUU